AAGAGUUCCAUUGACUGGUAGCUGAGAGAGAGAGAGAGAGAAAAAAGAAAAACCAAACCCUAGAAAGUAGAAAAAGAGAAACUUGUCUCUCUUUCAAAUUCUUAACAAGUUAUAAAUGCUAUAGAUUUUUGCCUUAGUGUUUUUUUGGGGGUUUCAAGUAGGAAUCAUGCCUGUUGAUUUAGAUAGUUCCCCAGCUGCUUCUGGUGAAGCUAGUGUCUCUUCCUCUGGUUACCAACCACCUCAACAACAAACACCGUCCAAGACAGUUGCUAUCGCUAAGAAAAAACGCAACCUCCCUGGAAUGCCAGUAGAUCCAGAAGCAGAGGUGAUAGCCUUAUCGCCAAAGACCCUUUUAGCUACAAAUCGAUUUGUAUGUGAAAUAUGCAACAAAGGGUUUCAAAGAGACCAAAACUUGCAACUUCAUCGACGAGGACAUAAUCUACCAUGGAAAUUAAGGCAAAGAUCAAGUAAAGAAGUGAAGAAGAGAGUUUAUGUAUGUCCAGAACCAACUUGUGUACACCAUGAUCCAUCAAGAGCUCUUGGCGAUCUUACAGGAAUAAAGAAGCAUUUUUGCAGAAAACAUGGGGAAAAGAAGUGGAAAUGCGAUAAGUGUUCGAAGAAGUAUGCUGUUCAGUCGGACUGGAAGGCUCACUCAAAGAUUUGUGGUACUAGAGAGUAUAAAUGUGAUUGUGGUACCCUGUUUUCAAGGAGGGAUAGCUUUAUUACACACAGAGCAUUUUGUGAUGCAUUGGCGGACGAGAGUGCUAGAGCGCAAACUCAGACUCCGAACCCAAACCCAAAUCAUAAUCCGGAAUCUGACCCGAAAGUGCAAGUUGAUUCAUCUCCAACACCAGCACCACUACCACCACCGCAAGUUGAUUCAUCUCCAGCACCAGCACCAUUACCUCCACCAGUGGCCCCAGAUUUAGGUCCCGGUCUGAGUCAGGCUCCACCAGGGCUAGCUCAGUCAGCUGGGAUGACACCAUCUCCAGUCUUGGCAAUUCAGAGUCCAGGGUUUCCAGAUAAUCCUACACAAAUGAUAGAAGAAGCACCGGCAGGGGCACCUAUGCCGGCCACAGUAACUGCUGGGUUCAAUGGAAGCUGCAGCAGUAGCACUAGCUCAAGCAGCAAUGGCAGCAGCACCAGUAGCGUGUUUGCUAGUUUAUUUGCUUCCUCAACUGCUUCAGGAAGCUUGCAAACACCUCAGACUCCUGCUUUUACUGAUCUAAUCCAUGCAAUGGCCCAUCCUGAUCGCCCAACAGACCUUGCUCCAUCAUCUUCAGCUGAACCUAUUUCUCUGUGUCUCUCCACUCAUCAUGGGUCAUCAAUUUUUGGCACCGCAGGGCAAGAACGUAGGCAAUAUGCACCACCACCACAACCAGCUAUUUCCGCUACUGCACUGUUACAGAAAGCUGCUCAAAUGGGAGCUGCCGCUACAAAUGCAUCAUUGCUUCGUGGGCUUGGGAUUGUGUCAUCUUCUUCAUCAUCUGCCCAGCAAGACAAUACACAAUGGGGUCAUAGGCAAAUGGAGCCUGAAAAUGCCUCACAUGCUGCAGGGCUUGGACUUGGCCGGCCUUGUGAUGGAGGUUCUGGAUUGAAUGAAUUGAUGAUGGGAACUCCUUCCAUAUUUGGGCCGAAGCAUGCCACUCUUGAUUUUCUUGAACUUGGGAUGGCUGCUGGUGGGAACCCUAGUGGUGGUCUAUCAGCACUCAUUACAUCUAUUGGUGGUGGUCUUGAUGUGGCUGCAGCAGCAGCUUCUUUUGGAGGAGGAGAGUUUGCUGGCAAAGACAUAGGAAGGAGCUGAUGACAUUUUAAAGUAAGGAACUAUACUUCUCCAUUUUACUUGGGGAAUUAAGUUGAAUUUGUACAGAGUUUUGUCUCAGGGCAACUGAUUUUUCUCGAGGAAGUAUGAAAAGAUAAAAUCUUGCGGAAGACAUAGCUCUAAUGGAGGCGAGGAUCAACCCAUCAUUAAUUGUUUUGCUGCCUUGGUGUGGAUAUUUGGCCAAGAAUUAAGGGACCCAUGGCUUCCUGAUUAAUGUAAUUUAAGGCGGGGGUUGAGAAUUUGAGCCGUAGCUUUGUUUUUAGCAGUAAACUUUGGGAUACAUUUAUCCAUCCAGUACUCUAAAUUUAUUGCUAGAAAACAUAAUAAAACAGGUGCAAUUUCAAAAUUUGAUUAGCAGCUGCGCCCUUGGGAUGAUGAACGGUACGAAUUUGUGGCUGCGACGUGGAAUUAGUCAUCUUGCAGCCGAUGAUGAAAGUAGCAUAGGAUGUAUUUUGUAGUUGUGUUGUGUUAAGAUCUCGCUUCUGUAUAUGAAAAUCUUGUCUUGAAGU